AUGGCCAAUCUCCUUACCAAGAAAUCCGACCCGACCGACUAUAAUGCGACCGACUAUGCCUCCGCCCCUGAGUUCCAAGUAUACAAAUACUACAAUCUGAAUAUGACGGGUCACCGUGUAGAAACUUCUGGCACUGGUGACCGCUUGUUUGAUGUCUAUGCCACCGUUGAUGCACAAAAGGUUCGUAUUUUAUCCGGGACCCGCAUUACUACAGGAGAUUGGCAGAUUACGGUGAACGGAUUGAGUGCUGUCGGGCUCCCACGUGAAGGCACCGUUGGUAUCCAGACUUGGGGCUUCGCAGGCAAAUCCGUUUAUGAAGAGGUAGAUGCCCCGAGUGACCGUGGCAUCGUCUCGCAUGCCUAUUCGGACGACACUUUGACUUUCCCUAUUUACCAAACCGAUGCUAGCACUGCCUGGGCAUUUGAAUUCAGUCGCUAG